AUGCUUACCUUAUUAGGUGACAUAUACGAGAAAGAAGAUGAAAAUGACAAAAUCUUUGUCGCUUUGCCUCUGCUUUUGAGUAUAGCGUUCCUUUCUCUUUCCUCAUUUUCAGUGGUCCCAGACUAUCAAAUCCGUCCCCUUCUGUGGCGAAAGCUACGGAUUUGCUGCACGCGCUUAGACCUGGAGGACGAAACAAAGAAGAACGAGAUCCGAAUUCGCUACGACACCAUCCAAGAGCUGAUCAACAUUGUGGAGAUCGGCGACGGCGACUUAUUCUGCGGAUUGGGCACCUUGGAAGACUGCUUCCGCAUGUUCAGCUACGUGCUGUUUCGUCCUCUGUCCUCCCCUCAACACCUCGAACUCAACGCUCUGGAUGCCGAGGUCCCCUUCCUGGAUCCAGACUGGGAGUUCCUCGAGCUCACCCACGAAUUCCUCCUCAAGCUCGUUCUCUUUUCUCUCUUUCUCUCUCAUCUCCUCAGAUCACUUGUCCUCAGAUCCGCAUCGAUAGCCUCCGUCUAA